AAAACCUGCUGGUUCUCACUGUUGCCACCAAGCAGACUGAGGGAUUCCAGCGCUUUAGAAGAUCAGCCCAAUUCUUCAGCUACAAAGUCCAGGUGCUGGGGCUGGAUGAGGAAUGGCAGGGUGGAGAUGACCAGAAGCCAGCAGGAGGUGGGCAGAAGGUCCGUCUCUUGAAAUCAGCUUUGAAGCAGUAUGCGGAUAAGGAAGACUUGAUCAUCCUUUUCGUAGAAAGCUAUGAUGUACUCUUUGCUUCGGGCCCCACAGAACUGCUGAAGAAGUUCAAACAAGCCAAGAGCAAGGUGGUCUUCUCGGCAGAGAACUACAUCUAUCCUGACAGAAAGUUGGAAGCCAAGUACCCUCAGGUGCGAGAUGGAAAGCGCUUCCUGGGUUCUGGAGGCUUCAUAGGUUAUGCUCCAAACCUGAAGAAGCUUGUGGAGGACUGGAAAGGACAGGAUGAUGACAGUGACCAGCUCUUCUAUACAAAUAUCUUCUUGGAUCCAGAAAAAAGAGAAAGUAUCAACAUCAGUCUAGACCAAAGAAGCCGGAUCUUCCAAAACCUAAAUGGAGCAUUAGAUGAGGUGGUUCUGAAGUUUGAAAACUCACGAGUGAGAGCAAGAAACUUGUUGUAUGACACUCUACCUGUGGUGAUUCAUGGGAAUGGACCCACCAAGCUGCAGCUGAACUACCUGGGAAACUAUGUUCCUCAAAUAUGGACGUUUGAGACUGGCUGCACUGUGUGUGAUGAAGGUCUGCGAAGCCUCACAGGGUUUAAGGAUGAGGCAUUGCCAAUGAUCCUGAUCGGCAUUUUCAUCGAGCAGCCCACCCCAUUCCUCUCCCAGUUUUUCUUGCGGCUUCGUAACCUUCAUUACCCAAAGCAACGAAUCCAGCUCUUCAUUCACAACCAUGAGCAACAUCACUUGAUGCAGGUGGACUCUUUUGUGAAAGAGCAUGGCAAAGAAUAUCUCGCCAUCAAAGUGAUUGGACCAGAUGAUGAGGUGGAGAAUGCUGAGGCGCGUAACUUGGGCAUGGAUUUGUGCAGAAAGGAUCCUGACUGUGACUAUUACUUUAGCCUGGAUGCUGAGAUAGUUCUGAAGAAUACAGAGACUCUAAGGAUCCUGAUCGAGCAGAACAAGCUGGUGAUUGCCCCACUAGUAAGCCGUCAUGAGAAGUUGUGGUCAAAUUUCUGGGGAGCGCUGAGCCCUGAUGGAUACUAUGCCCGCUCAGAAGAUUAUGUGGAUAUUGUUCAAAGGCGGAGGGUCGGGCUUUGGAACGUUCCCUACAUCAGCAGCGUUUACAUGGUUAAAGCUAAGGCUCUGCGAUCAGAGCUUGACCAGGGAGAUCUCUUCCACAGUGGCAAGCUGGACGCUGACAUGGCUUUCUGCCACAAUGUUCGGAAUCAGGGAGUCUUUAUGUACCUGACAAAUCGGCAUCAGUUUGGACACAUACUGUCCCUGGAGAAUUAUCAGACAACUCACCUCCACAAUGACCUCUGGCAAAUAUUCAGCAAUCCUGAGGACUGGAGAGAAAAGUACAUCCAUGAAAACUACACAGCAGCUCUGAAAGGGAAAUUGGUAGAAACGCCCUGCCCAGAUGUUUACUGGUUCCCCAUAUUCACUGACACUGCCUGUGAUGAACUGGUGGAAGAAAUGGAACAUUAUGGCCAGUGGUCCACAGGCGACAACACGGACAGCAGAAUACAAGGAGGAUAUGAGAAUGUCCCAACUAUUGACAUACACAUGAACCAAAUUGGCUUUGAAAGAGAAUGGUAUAAGUUUCUUCUGGACUAUAUUGCACCCAUCACAGAGAAACUGUACCCAGGAUACUAUACCAAGACUCAGUUUGAGCUAGCCUUUGUAGUUCGCUACAAACCUGACGAGCAGCCCUCUUUAAUGCCUCAUCACGACGCUUCAACCUUUACCAUCAACAUUGCUUUGAACCGAGUCGGGAUAGACUAUGAGGGAGGAGGCUGCCGGUUCCUGCGCUACAAUUGCUCCAUUCGAGCUCCACGGAAAGGGUGGACCCUUAUGCAUCCAGGACGCCUGACCCACUAUCAUGAAGGCCUUCCAACCACCAAAGGAACCCGUUAUAUCGCAGUGUCCUUUCUUGACCCCUAGAGCCAUGCUUCACAGGAAGGACCUUUCCCUGGCCCUGCUCACUGCUGACUUUGAGUGGAAACAGGGAAUGCUGCUGAGAGUUUCUAAGGCAUUGAUCAAAGCUAUUUGGCUAUUGAUUUUUAACAAUAUUUUAAGACUCCACUACUGGAAGAUCUCCUUCUCUGAUGCUGCAGAUAAUAUCUAGGAAUAUUGCUGUAGAAUUUGGAAGGAGAUUUUGUGCCUUCAUUUUUGAUUCUGCUCCUCAUCUGCUGUUUCUUGGAAAUGCGAUUUACUUGAACCUUCACUGAUUGGUUGGCUUUACAAAAAUGCUUUCUUGGACUGGAAAUCCAGCUUUUUGGAGGCAAAUCACGAGUCUUUCUCCAAGUAGCUGGAAGCCCAUUUUCAUCCACAGCAUAUAUGGGACUGGACAACAAUUCCUGGCUACUAUUCCAAAUAUAAACCAAUCAGGGAGCUGACUCCAGGAGUCAUAGCAGUUAAAUGUCAUACCAGAUGAAACUCGGUAAUGAGAGCCUGAAGAUCAUCUGAUUCCUUACCUCUUUGCAGUCCUUGGAAGCAUAUCACAAAGUUCAGAGCAGCAGCAGAGGCAAUAUAGUUAGCUAAAGGAAGGUCUGCUAAUGAUACUUUACC